AACCCGUCAUGCACUCUGCAAGCAAACGAAACUAAAAGAAAACCAAAACCCGCUGUCAACCAAGAAACUGGAAACUCAACUCAACAAACAUAAACAAACAAGAAUAAAAAGCGUUCGCGGACGCCCCAAGUUCAAAUUUCUGCACUUCACGGAUUCACCGCAGUCGGAGUGGGAUUGGUUCUUUUCCCUUUUGGAUUGGAGUUUGCUUUCCGGUGCCCUCUUUCAUUCUGCGACAGGUGGGGAACAACGCCAUCUGGUGCACCGCUGGAACAGCUGGAAAGGACCGGACGUUGGGAGCGAGCCAUCAAAACAGUUCGUGCCUCAGUGCAGCACACAUGGAUAACCUGAAUAAGGAAUUACUCCGUGCUGAUUGUUAUUGAAACCUCCACGGUCCGCCAUGUCUGUCAUCUGCCAGACGUUUGUGCAGAAUGCAUGGCGCAGUGACCUCUGCUCCAACUGCUUCAAGUCCUUGGCGGACCACACCGACUCCGGAGGACGCACCACCACCUGCGACAGGCUGUCCACCCCCAGAUAUGUGCCCCAGGCCACCUCACUCUACCAGAGCCGGGGUAUCUCAACGAGCUUAAAAUGGCGACUGAGCGAUUCCGUAUAUGAGAGGGUGUCAAGAAGGGAUUUCGGUUCCCAGACGAAGAUGAAUCAGCUGCAAGAAACGUCCAUUGACGGUGGGAAUCGGGGAAUCCUUGUUCUAAAUACUGCAGAGAAAAAAGCACGCAGUCGUUCGAGCGUGGACUUUGCCUCGGAGGAAGCUCUGGUGAUUGGAUACGGCGGAAACGAUUACGAUUCAGAUCACUCUCCUUGGGAAAUGGGAUCGGAUGAUGAGUCAAUCGAUCUGGAUCUUCUAGACGACACCGACGAAGACAGGAAGAUCUCGAAACUCACGAAAAACAACACAGAGUUCAACUCUUUCAACAAGAAUCUCCUCUCCAUCGACGAAUCUUCGAGUCAAGCCAAGAAAGAGGAGGAAAAACUCAACAGCAUCAACAACAACGCCAACAAUCCCGUGAAGAACACAGACAAGGCUUUGAAUAUUCUCGGCUGCGUGACUUAUAACGACAUUCAGUCCGAAAAGCCUGAAAAGAAAUUGAAUCAGUAUUAUUUCCCGUCGAGUACAGAAGCUUUGAAGUCCUAUCUGCAUGGGAAUAAUAACAUAAUUCUGAUUGAGGAUUCGCUAACGAAGAACAAUAACGAGCGGUCUGAUUUAAGUGAUAAUUUAAAGACGGAAAGUUCUACGAAAGAGGUGACCAAGUGCAAUGGCUCUAAUAUUCUACUGAAUGAAGAUUUUACUCCGCUGAAUACGAGGACUUAUUCUUUUGUGUCGGAAUUGAAUAAAAAUACCACAAGCGCUGAGCAGAGUUCAGAUUCUGAUUACUCUACUUGUCGCCACACUGCUGGUGAUUCCACGGAUUCGGAAUCUUUCCACGAUGCCGAGGAAAGAAUCGCUCCGUGCAAUUCGUUUCUUCAUGGAUCCUUUUCCUCCGAGAAUUCCCGAACUUCACUGGACAAGAAAUACGAUGCUGGAUCAUCAACAUCUGGGGAUGUUUCAAAUUUUUCGGAUGAUUCAGAUACACAUGAAUCCAACGAGAGAGCUUACAAGUCACGAGCUGUAAGGAGCUCUAAAUCAUCGCCCACAUAUGAUUGUGCUCGCUCAGUGCCUCAAAAAGAAUCAGAUAGUAAAAGCAAUAAUGAUGUUCCGAUGAAAGACAACAAACAGAAAUCAUCGGUAAAAGACGUUAACACGUCAUCAGUCACACCCCAGAAAAAUCGAAGCUCUACUACUGUUCAAGUAAACAGAAAUAAUGAACCAGUUUCUAAUAAUAACAGCAAAAAACAAGUAUCACAAUGGAUACAAUUGAAGAAAAUAUUCAGAAAUAUAACGCUAAAGAAUCGAAGGAACGAAUUUAUGAUGAACAGAAUUGCGGAGAAUUACAAUUUUCAAAACUGCGACCAGAAUUUGGAUUCUGGCUUUCGAUCAUCAGAUGAAUCUCGUCAGGAAUACGACGAAAAUAUGGACUAUAAUAAAUCUCCCGAUGUCAUUGUCGACAGGCAGUCCAAACUCGCUGCUUUAGCUUUAGAACUAGAGUUGGCCCGCAGAAAUUCGGCGGUGAAAUCCACAAAAGUGAAUUCAGUUCCAGAAAUACCAUCAGUCCCGCCUGAAGUUAAAACGAGAUGUAUUCCACAAGCUACUUCUACGCCAACGAAUGCUUCCGAAAAUUAUCCAACUAUCAAAAAGAAUACAACUAUAACUUCCAGAAUGUCUUCACUGCCAGAUGUCUUGCAAGAAACACCGACAAAGCAGAAGAAGAAUAAGUUCUCUCUGAAGAAGUUACUCAAGAGAAACAAAGACAGCGCCAAUUUCUCACUCACGAGUAAAGAUCUCAAUCCAAAAGCUUGGAAAAAGCAGACCUUUGAUCGUUCCAGGUUGAGCCUGGAAAUAGUACACCCGAUGGACAUGACCAGCGAUCCGCCCACCAGCACAGAAAGCACUCCAUCAGAAGAGCAUCGACAAAUUGUAUCGACCCACCCUCGGCGACUUGUCUUCAAGUCUUCAAGCCGUGCACGUAGUUUGUCUGCUUUGCCACAACUUUCCAAUGAGUUCUCAGAUGAUUCUGGUUGUGCUCUGUUGGAAUGCCGAAAAAUGGAUACAGUUCCUGCAAGGAAAGCCGGGACGGUGGCCGAACGAAAGAAGAACAGGCCAUCUCUGGUGCGAACGCCAUCUUGCUCAGCUCUCCCUAACAGGCCGGUGCUCGCCAGUCCUCCUCCGCACACGGAGAAGACACCGCCGCCCAAACCACCGCCACCACCCAAGGGUAAAGUCACGCAGCCGCCGCCACCACCGCCUCCGCAUGUGAUCCGGGCUCCCAAGUCCAGCCCGCCCCUUGUCACUCCGGCUCGACCACCUCCUCCAAAAAUUCCAGAACUGAAAGCUCGAUCAACGCCAUCUGGUGAUUCUUCGAAGCAAGAAUCGGUGGAGCAACACAAAGGAGACAAAGAGUAUGCUAAUUUGGGAGACAUCCGUUCCUUGUUGACCCCGAAGAAGCCCCAACGUCCAUCCGCUGUCUCUGCCGUCAGAGAAAAUGAGAUGGAGACCAAGAAAAGUCCCGAGAGGAUCUACGAGACCUUACAAGUCACAGAAGAAGAGGAGGACCAUUACACUUACCUUGAUGAUACGGAGCUCAAGACAUCUAAGAAACUAGAAGCAGGAGCUAAAGAAACUACUACAAGUGUUAAAACGAAUGGUGAAACUUUACCUAGUGGAAGACCAUGGUUGGACCUGCAAACAAGUUAUGAAGCUAUUGCAGCAGCCAAUUAUGAGUCAUUGGCAGAGCUUAUUACGACGUCACUGACUGAAGGAAUAGAAUACUUCCAGAAAGCUGGUCGAUCAUUCAAAUGGAAUGAUUUUGUCAUGGAGGAUGAAGAACCAUCGCAAAUCAUCAGGGAGCGUUUUAUUUACAAUGGAUUUUGUAAGAAUGAAUCUCAAGAUAAAAUCACUUUAAUGGUGGCAUCUAGGAAACAAGUAACCACACCAGGCACCAGAGCUCACACCAGGUACCCUGUGUUGGCCAGUUUUUAUGAAAGCAUACCCAAGCACAACCCCAGCAAAGAACACAAUGUGAUACAUGACACAGAAAUGGCUUCUAUUUAUGUAAUGCAAAGAGCUACCAUAACAACUGUCAGAGAAUUCGUAAAAAACACAUCCAUCGACAAAAGCAAUCAACACAUCCAUUUAAGGAACUAUUGUUUCGUUUUGUUGCAACUGAUCCACACUCUAAAGAGUCUACAAGCGGAAGGAAUCGAAGAAAUUAACUACGACUUGGAGAGAUUAAUCCUCGUUGUGACGAACGAAGAAAAACCUCCCAUCUUGGUUCUUUUCCCCGAAGACAAAAUCUUCCUCACCUUAUGUGAUUCUGCUCAUAACAGGAAAACACUAUGCCAAGCUACAUUAGAGACUCUGCACCACUUUCUACAAAUCAGUGAGACAGACAACUUAAAGACUUGCGUUGUGAAUGGAGAGCUUUUGACUGAUCCCGUGGCAGAUACUUUCAAAGCCAUUGCUACGGUUUUGUACGAAGAAAAGGCGUCUUCACUUUCCCAAGCUAAAGGAUUUUUAGAGUACAUGCUUUGGGGGCCAGUCGAUGUUAAGAUAUCACAGAAGGAUGACGAUGGUGUUGUUGAUGUUAUAUUACAGAGAUGGCUAGACCUGCAAAGAGCUCAAAUGGUAAAGUCAACGAUAUCCUUACUGCAGUUGAAAAAGAAUUCGUACACAGGGCUUCAUGUGUAUGAGGAAUAUCAACUGAUAUUUCUUCUCCAGGCUUCAGUGAAAAGUUUGAAAAAUGUUAUAUCAAAGUUAUAGUUUGAGGAGUUAGUUGUAAAUGUUCACUAACAUUUUGUAAAUUUAAUGCUUCUUAACAAAAUUAUGUAAAAUAAAAAAAAUGUUC